AGCCCAAUCUUCCAUUUCGUCUUGAGCAGCCGAUCAGCUGUCGGCUCUAUUCAUCUUCCACGGCGGCCGAAGCAGCAGCAUAACAACUCGCAAAAGGGGAAUGCUGGGACGAAGGCUCCUCUCUCUCCUGAAGACAAGGACCCCAUCAACCUCAUCUUCAUCACAGGCCUCCGCCACUGCGAGCAGUUUGGUAGAGGAAGAGAGUGGAAGAUCAAGCGGCAAAAGAUGGGGCAGGAGGGCUGUGUCGGGGGCAUUGAUAUGCUUAACUGGAGGUGUUGCUUUGAGCGCUCUUGAUGAUCUUGCUAUUUAUCAUAGUUGUAGCAGCAAGGCCAUGGAGAAAGCUAGUAAGAGCCAAGCAAUUAUUGAUGCCAUUGGAGAGCCCAUAGUAAGAGGUCCUUGGUAUAAUGCCUCGCUUGCAGUAGCUCAUAAGAGGCAUUCUGUUUCGUGCACAUUUCCUGUUUCUGGACCACAAGGCACUGGAAUCCUACAGUUGAAGGCUGUUCGUAAUGGAGAUGACAGCUGGUUUUCAUUUUUGCGACCUCGUGACUGGGAGAUACUACUUAUGGAAGCUCUCCUCCAUGUACCUGGUAACGAUGAGAAGCAGCAAACAUUUCGUAUUAGCGUAUCAGAUUACUUACCACCUCCACCUUCUCCUGUUCCUGCCUGCAAGGCAUGCACUGUCUCACCUCAACAACCAGAGAGUUUAGAUAAGAGUUGAUUGUUAGGCUAGAUUAGUUUUCAAAGUUUUUGCUUCCUCUUCUUCAAUUUUUUUUUUUUUUUGUUGUUUACUUAUUACGCCCAAUUGCAUACAAAAUUUUGGUAUUGCCAACAUUGUAGUCGACUAUAAUGGAGAAAGAUAAUAAAGGUUGGCGGAGUCUAUAUCAUCCCAAAGUUGUGGAAUUUGAGUUAGGCUCUGUGCUACUUUA